AUGUGUUGUCCCUCAGUGCGACCUCGGAAGAAUGGCACGCGGAAAGCAGGGCAGGUGGACGGGGAUCCUUUCCGAGGGAUCUGUGGCUAUCUCCAUACUCUCUCUUCUCUAUGCGAGAACCUAAGCAAUAUUGAUACGUGGCAGCCCAAGGAAUGGCUAUGGCGUCAAAGAAGACUUCUGAGGGGGAGGGAUGUGGUAAUUAAUGAGGGUCUUGAAAAUGCCAAGGGAGUGGUGGAAGGCCUUCCAGGAGGGAGGACCACCGGGGCAAAGGCCUGGAAGAGUUUGAACCUCCACUGCCUCAACCAGAUUCUGAAUGUCAAAAAGCAAAGUGUAUCUGCAAUAAACUUGAGGAAAUCGGGAACUUUGGGUGACCCAGGCUCUCUAGAUGAGACCACCUACGAAAGACUAGCAGAGGAGACGCUAGAUGCCUUAGCAGAGUUUUUUGAAGACCUCGCAGACAAGCCUUACACAUUUGAGGACUACGAUGUCGCCUUUGGGAGUGGUGUCUUAACAGUUAAACUGGGUGGGGAUCUAGGAACCUACGUGAUCAACAAGCAGACCCCAAACAAGCAAAUCUGGCUGUCGUCUCCAUCCAGCGGGCCCAAGCGUUAUGACUGGACCGGGAAAAAUUGGGUAUACUCCCACGACGGCGUGUCCCUCCACGAGCUGCUGGCCACGGAGCUGACAGAGGCCUUGAAAGCCAAACUGGACUUGUCUUCCUUGGCCUAUUCUGGAAAACACACCUGAUGCUCAACCCCAUUUCAAAGACUGAAAGUUGUCGGCCGGGAUCCCAGCCUCGUGCUGCUGCUGAGGUCUGUUUGAUCCCAUUCCUGCUUUCGAGGACUGUUGCGUUGUGUGUAACAGCUCUGUGAAAAGAAUGUGUUGUCUCCCAUCCUGCCCCCAAGUUCUGAGUUUUAAUUUCUACAGAGGUUUUUUUUUAUUUUAUUGUCUGAUUUCCUCUCUCAUAUCAUAUCCCUUAUCUUUUACAAUGUCUUAAUAUAAUAACCUUACCUCCCAAAAAAGAAGGAAAAAUUCU